CAUCCCUCCUCUCACUGGCAGCAUGUUACAGCCUGCGAGGCAGGAAAGGAUUCAGUUUUUAUGGUCUAAGCUCACAGGAACACCAUCAAAUUUUGGGAACAGCGGACAUCUUAAGCUCAUAAACAUCACGGAGAAAUAACAAACCGUCAAAAGGAUCAAAAAUUCUUCUACCAUGAGCUACUCAAGUCUCUCACCUCUGACUGGACCAAACCCCACCCCUGACCCUGAUGAUGAAAAUGCUGUGCAGAAUAACUAUUCCUCAGCCAUUGGUGCCCUCAUCCUCAGCUUGGUCUUCCUCCUGGGUGUCCCUGGAAAUCUCUUCAUUGUCUGGAGCAUCCUGGCUCGCAUCCGGCAACGCUCAGUCACCACCCUCCUCAUCCUCAACUUGGCAUGUGCUGAUGGGUUCCUCAUGGCUCUCUCCAUCUUUUUCAUCAUCUACCUGGCCAUGCGGACGUGGAUCUUUGGUAACGCCAUGUGCAAAAUCCUGUUCUACCUGUGCAACUCCAACAUGUAUGCGUCAAUCUUUCUGAUAACCCUGAUGAGCGUGCACAGAUUUUUGGCUGUGGUUUUUCCACACACACUGUAUCGCCUGAUCACCAGGAAGGUUGUGAGGAGGGUGAUCCUAGGCACAUGGGUGCUAGUGAUGGUCAUUUCCAUUCCCUCGUUGGUGUUUCGAGAUGUGAAAAAAGAAACUGAUGAAAUGAAUCGAACAACAUAUUUGUGUGCACCCAAUCACACACUGCGUAAACAUGUGAGGUUUCAGUACGCUUUUGAAACAGUGGCAGGAUUCAUUAUUCCUUAUGCAAUCAUUAUAACCAGCUAUGUUGUCAUCCUGAAACGCUUGAGGGAGACCAAGUUCCAACGAAAUGUCCGCAAUGAGAAACUCAUCCUGACUAUUGUCAUCACAUUCGGUCUGUUCUGGCUGCCAUACCACGUCAUCAACAUGGUACAGGUGGCAGCUGCUUGGUACCCAAAGAACUCACCCAUAAGAGAAAGAUUAGAUACCAUCUCUCAGUCCAGCCGUGCAGUGACCUCAACUUUGGCCUUCAUCAGCAGCUGUGCUAACCCAGUCCUCUACACCUUUGCAGGAAAAUCCUACAUCAAGAAGAAUGGUUUUGCCUUCAUGGCUAAGCUGUUUGAGGGAACAUUAUCAGAUCAAACAGGAACCAAAAGCACCCGACUCACAACUUAUGACAAUGUCAGAGAGAGUAAUGUUGAUUGUCAAAAUCCUACAGUGGCUUCUACCCCAGAGAAUGGGAAUCUUGAAUGAACUUCAUACACUAAACAGACUGUAUAUAUAAAUGAAAACACUUAAAAUUGUGUAAAGCUUUAAGUGGACUUAUAGAUUUUAGGCUACACACAAGAAUUAGCACAGCAUUUUUAUUUUUUUUUAUUUAAAAUGUGAUAACACAAUUAAAGUGGAAGUCAGGAGUGUAAGCACAAGCAGUUUACAUUCGCCUGCAUGCAUCUGAAAUCUCCAGUCUGUAAAUAUGUUAAAACUAAAAAAACAAAAACAAAAGCGUAAUGUUAUGUAUGACACUUAUAAAGUUUUCAGUCCUUGAAGUAAAGAUGGAUUUUGUCAAAUAAAAAUUGUGUGAAUGAAAACUGAUGCUUGCUACUCAAGUACACUUUAAGAAAACUGCAUAUUCAAUAUCAAGAAAUUUUAAAACUCUACGAGUUGAGCCAUUAUUUUGCGUUUGUUUUUGUUUUUUUUCUAUUUGAAUGUCUGUACUCAUGUGUUUGUAAGAUACACUGAGCGAGAGAGUUGGCAGGCGCACACUGUGUCCGCACAGCUCUUUAGCUCUCCCAGCUAAGCAGGACUCUUAUCUACUUUUACCUCAAAGCCCUUUUGGGCAAAAUCUGUCACAAGGUCUUGGGUUUAUCGGGUGGUGGGGAGGGAACUCUACAUGAACAGAGAUGGAGGGGAGUUGACCUUUUGAGAAUGAUAUCUAUAUAUUUUCCUUUUU